AUGCAAGGGUCCUUUGUCCGUGCAUUAGGCGCCACCUACCACCUCGACUGCUUCAAGUGUCUGGAUUGCAACCAGAUCGUGGCCUCAAAGUUCUUUCCCAUUACCGAGUCAGAUGGCAAGCAAUACCCUCUUUGCGAACGCGACUACUUCAAGCGCCUCAACCUGGUCUGUCACUCCUGUGGCGAAGCACUACGGGGGAGCUACAUCACUGCACUUGACAACAAAUAUCACAUCGAACAUUUCACCUGCUCGGUCUGUCCGACAGUCUUUGGGCCACAGGACUCGUAUUAUGAACAUGACGGCAAGGUCUAUUGUCACUAUCACUACUCAAUCCAUUACGCCGUCAAGUGCGCAGGAUGUAGGACAGCAAUUCUAAAGCAGUUUGUCGAGAUCAACCGCAACAGCCAGGACGAACAUUGGCAUCCAGAAUGCUAUAUGAUCCACAAAUUUUGGAACGUUAAACUGUCGUUUGCGCCGCUGAGCGAGGAUCAGGAUGACCAAGCGCAAACACAAACACAACAGACACAGAGAUGCAUCGAAGCUGGAGACGCCACUGAGCCAUUUUCGCCAGAUAUACUCAUAUCGCGGUCCAGUAUGGAGCAAAGAACACCAGAGGAGCUCAGACGCGCCCAACAGCAGAUGGAAGAAAAAGUAUACCAAAUCUGGACCGUGUUAUCGGCAUUUGAAGAGUCUUCUGCAGGAUGCAUUUCCGAAAUGUUGCUCCAUGUAUCAAACGGCGCAUAUUAUGACGGCGUUCAGAUGGCUGAAAAGUUCAUUCUCCAUGUCGAGAUCCUGUUCAGUGCGAUUGAUGAUCUCGAGGAGCAAAUGAAGGAGGUUGGCGAUCAGAACGAUUUGGUGCAUGGACGUGAGGCCAAAAUGCUCUGCAAGAAGAUCGUCAACUUUUUCUCCCUACUCUCGCACACUCAAGAAAGCGGCGUACGGCGACUGGGCAUGACACAGGAGCUGCUUUCUCUUGUCACUGGACUCGCUCACUAUCUCAAGAUUCUUAUCAGGAUCGCCCUCACAAGUGCGCUGAAAUUGGAAAGGCAGUACCAUUCCAAGACUGUCAUCGCCCGUUUCCUCAACAAACUAAUGGAGCUCGCCAACAAGGAUAAAUGUCUUCAAGACUUGCACAGGAAGGGAGAUAUGGAUGCAGAAGUAACAUCGGAUCUGUGCCUCUCAUGCAGGAUUACCAUCGAGGAUGAGUGCUUCACGUUUGAUCGUCAGAAUCGCUGGCACCCCAAGUGCCUUAUCUGCUCGGAAUGCGCAAAACCUUUGGCGCCCAUCUAUUACGAUGCUUCGUUCGAUACAACUCGGGGAGCAGCGUAUUGUCAACAGUGCAGGACACCCGAGUCGCAAAUAGGAUUCUCGCAUGUAACAAAGCUCGAACAAUAUACCUUCCUCCUGCGUGUUGCGCUCAUUCGCCUGGAGAACCUGCUCCAUUUGAAAGGACUUGUGAGGAAGGAUUCCCGAUCUAAAUCAUAUUCCUCGGAGGACAAUCGACAGUAUGAAGCCAUACAUCUCGGGGAUAUCAAGCGUGUCAAGUCAACUCAUCUGGAUCGCAAACUCUCGAACUCUGCGCGUAUCCCAAGGCGGCAGACUGUUAUUGAACAUCAGCGGAGGAGACCACCUUCUGAGGAUCCCAACAUGAAAGAGGAAGACUCUAAUGAACUUGCAAAUGCGCAAGGGGAUGCGGAAGUGUCUCUGCUGGAAUUCGAGAUUAUCGACGAGACAGAGAUACUGAGCGACGAGGAUGAGGAUGUAGGCCGCACAGACGGAAAAAAGCCGGAUGCACCUGCAACGCUUUCGGACCUGACGGAGAAAUUGCGGAUCAACACGACAUCGAACAAUAGAUCGCCUACAGGAUCACUCAGAACUCGGUCACUUCAUGGCUCGUUACAAGGAUCGCAGCAUUUAUCAGCACUGAGCAAUGUGAAUGCAUCACGGCAUCCGAAGCGGCAGUACCUGAACGAGUUGUCGGCGCUGGAGCUGUUUAUUGUGAAGCAUCUGGCAGUUCUGACAUUGGCACCAAUUGUUUCAGAGUACUUUACAUUGGAGGAGCUGCUGGACUUGAUUGGACAGCGCAAGCAGACGCUCUGGGGUCGAUUCGUGAAGGGCCUUAAGACUGACAAAAAAAAAUUGAAAGUCGAAGGAACAUUCGGAGUCCCGCUUGAGGUGUUGGUAGAGCGCAAUGGCGUGGAUUCAGCUCUCGGAGCAGGACCUGGUCGGCUGCGGAUACCCAGUUUUGUGGACGAUAGCAUCUCUGCUAUGCGCAACAUGGAUAUGUCUGUGGAAGGCGUUUUCAGGAAGAACGGCAAUAUUCGUCGACUAAAGGAGCUGAGUGAGGCUAUCGACAAGGACCCAUCCUCCGUGAGUUUAGUUGAGGACAACAACCCGGUUCAGGUUGCCGCACUCCUGAAACGGUUUUUGCGUGACCUUCCUGAUCCGCUUUUGACGUUCAAACUCCAGCGCCUGUUCAUAGUCUCUCAAAAGAUGGAAGAUGAGGCGGCACGGAAAAUAAUUCUGCACUUGACAUGCUGUUUAUUGCCCAAGGCGAAUCGUGAUAGCAUGGAAGCAAUCUGUCUCUUUCUACGAUGGGUCGCCUCGUUUUCGCAUGUGGAUGAAGAAACAGGCAGUAAGAUGGAUCUUCAUAACCUGGCGACGGUUAUUACACCGAAUGUCCUGUAUUCGAAAUCGAAGGAUCCGAUCAAGGACGAGAGUUUCCUGGCGAUUGAAGCAGUCAUGGGGCUCUUGGAGUACCAGGAUGAAUUCUGCUUAGUAUGCGAAUUUCCUUAUCGUCUUUUUUCCAUCGUGCUUUUUUUUUUUUUUUUUUUUUUUUUUUUUUCAAAAGUUCAUACUGACACGACUUUUUUCUCGCAUUGA